AUGCCAUCCUUCUCCGCCCUUCGCUCAACCGCCCUGCGGCUAAAUCACCCAUCUUCAUUUUCACACCUACAAACCUCAUCCUGUCGCCUCUUCCAUGUCAAGGCUCCAAUCACCGGCCUCAUUGCCAGACAGACCCCUCGCAGCUCCCAUGCCGCCGCUUCAUACCCUCUCCUAUCCCUCCACCAAUGGCGUUCUUACGCCGACUCCGUCACUAUCAAGGUUCCACCCAUGGCAGAAUCUAUAUCAGAGGGAACCCUAAAACAAUGGUUAAAAGAGGUUGGCGAACAGGUCGAACAGGAUGAAGAGAUUGCCACCAUCGAAACUGAUAAGAUUGACGUCGCCGUCAACGCCCCACAAGCCGGUAUUCUAAAGGAACUUCUGGUUGAAGCCGACACUACUGUUACAGUUGGUCAAGAUCUCGCAACGUUGGAGCCUGGAGAAGGCGCACCAAAACCAGCCAAAGAAGAGACGAAGAAGGAAGAGUCAGCCCCUUCCCCACCACCAAAAAAAACCGAGGAAUCGAAGCCCGCCGAGAAAGCUCCUCAGCCUAAGAAGGUCGCAGAAAAGCCGAAGGCCGAGACUUCCCCCCCACCAACUACUCAUUCGGCCCCUGCCGCCGAUGGAAUCGGGAACAGAGGAGAACAGAGGGUAAAAAUGAAUCGCAUGAGACUCAGAACGGGCGAGAGGUUGAAGCAGUCCCAAAAUACAGCAGCAUCCCUGACUACAUUCAACGAAGUAGACAUGUCCGCCGUAAUGGAAAUGCGCUCAUUGUAUAAGAACGUAGUAUUGGAGAAAACUGGUGUAAAGCUAGGGUUCGUCAGUUUCUUCACCAAGGCAUGCAUUCUUGCCAUGAAGGAUGUACCCGUUGUCAAUGCUAGCAUCGAGGGUCCGAACGGAGGCGACACCAUCGUCUACCGUGACUAUGUCGAUGUCAGCAUAGCUGUCGCAACAGAGAAGGGCCUUGUUACUCCUGUAAUCCGGAACGCAGAAACUCUCGAUCUCGUAGGCAUCGACAAGGCCAUCUCAGAGCUCGGUGAGAAGGCCCGACAUGGAAAGAUUACUCUUGAGGACCUUGCCGGGGGUACAUUUACCAUUUCCAACGGCGGAGUUUUUGGGAGUUUGAUGGGAACUCCUAUUAUUAACUUGCCACAGAGCGCUGUUCUAGGCCUUCAUGCAACCAAGCAACGUCCAGUUGUCGUCAACGGCAAGAUUGAAAUUCGACCGAUGAUGUAUCUUGCGCUUACAUACGACCAUCGCCUACUGGACGGACGUGAAGCAGUUACCUUCCUUGUUAAAGUCAAAGAGUACAUCGAAGACCCAAGAAGAAUGUUGCUGCCGUAG